AUGUUGGAAACGCGGUCCGUUCGAGCCGCAGACUCGGUGUGGGCGAACAAGCCGCUGCCGGCGCCUCACGCCAUGGCCAACUCGAGGCACGGUAAAAGUGCUCAGGACGACGUCUGUUACGUGGUAGCCAAGUAUGAUUACGCAGCCCAAGGUGCGCAAGAGCUGGACUUGCGUAAAAACGAACGCUAUUUACUCCUCGAUGAUUCCAAGCACUGGUGGCGUGUGCAGAAUGCCCGCAGCCAAUCUGGAUAUGUGCCCAGCAACUAUGUUAAAAAGGAGAAACCUUCUUUAUUUGACAGUAUUAAAAAGAAAGUUAAAAAGGGUUCUGGUUCGAAAACCUUGCCCUCUAGUGGCUCCCCAGUUCGUGGGGGCUGCGGCGGCGGGGCGGAGUCUCCCGGUGGGCGGCGUGUUGAGCCCACCGAAGCCCUAGGGACUGCUGUGGUCAAAUAUAAUUAUCAGGCCCAGCAGCCUGAUGAACUGUCUUUGACGAAGGGAACAAGAAUACUCAUUCUCGAGAAGAGCAAUGAUGGCUGGUGGAGGGGACAGUACCAGGGGCAUACUGGAUGGUUUCCAUCAAACUACACAAGUGAAGAAGAUGGCGAGGAUACAGUUCAUACAUAUGCUAUGGCGGAAAAUGUUCUUGAUAUCGUCGUUGCCCUUUACUCAUUCACCUCGAACAACGAGCAAGAGCUUUCGUUCGAGAAAGGUGAUCGCCUAGAAAUAAUUGAGAGACCACCUUCAGACCCUGAAUGGUAUAGGGCGAGGGAUUCCAGAGGGCAUGUCGGUUUGGUGCCUCGGAAUUACUUGCAGGAAUUAGCUGAUUACCUGGCUCAGCCUUACAGCGAGGCAAACGAAACCGUGCCCCGCGCAGUGGGUGGGUCGAGUUCUAGUGGGGCGGGGCUCGGGACACGCGCGUGGUACUACGGGGCCAUCACACGCACGCAUUGCGACACGCUACUCAACCAGCACGGGCACGACGGGGACUUCCUUAUACGGGAUUCUGAGACUAAUGUUGGGGAUUAUUCGGUGUCCCUUAAAGCGCCGGGUCGUAACAAGCACUUCCGCGUGCACGUAGAAGCAACACUCUAUUGUAUAGGCCAACGUAAGUUUUCCACGCUCGAUCAGCUGGUCGCGCAUUACCAACGCGCCCCAAUAUACACAAACAAACAGGGAGAGAAGCUUUAUCUCGUCCGACCACUUCCAAGAGCCACGCAGAACUGCUGA